UACUGUUAGACACACUGUUUAUAAUGCCAUGUUUUGAAUCAGGCAAUCAGGCGGUCAGCCUAGUGCGUGGACCCUUCCGGCUGGCGGUCUCUCACAGAGAAAAAGCUUCACUCGACAGUUCAACGGUGGUGCUUGUGUUGCAUUUAAAGUGAAAACAAUGGCUGAGAAUGAUGUGGACAAUGAGCUCUUGGAUUAUGAAGAUGAUGAAGUAGAAAAUGCAGCCACUGGUGAUGUCACUGACCUACCAGCUAAAAAGGAUGUAAAGGGUUCAUAUGUGUCCAUUCACAGUUCAGGUUUCAGGGAUUUCCUUCUCAAACCUGAACUGCUUCGAGCUAUUGUGGACUGUGGUUUUGAGCAUCCAUCUGAAGUACAGCAUGAAUGCAUUCCUCAGGCCAUUCUAGGCAUGGAUGUUUUAUGCCAAGCAAAGUCAGGAAUGGGCAAAACUGCUGUAUUUGUCCUAGCCACUUUGCAGCAACUUGAGCCAGUGACUGGGCAGGUUUCUGUGCUGGUAAUGUGUCACACCAGGGAACUUGCCUUCCAGAUUAGCAAAGAAUAUGAGCGAUUUUCAAAGUACAUGCCAACUGUCAAGGUGGCAGUGUUCUUUGGAGGCAUGUCCAUAAAGAAGGAUGAGGAGGUUUUGAAAAAGAACUGCCCGCAUAUUGUUGUUGGCACCCCUGGACGAAUUCUAGCACUUGCAAGAAACAAGAGCCUUAACUUAAAACAUAUCAAACAUUUUAUCUUGGAUGAGUGUGACAAGAUGCUAGAACAGCUGGACAUGCGUCGAGAUGUCCAGGAGAUCUUUCGCAUGACCCCCCAUGAGAAACAAGUCAUGAUGUUCAGUGCUACCCUGAGCAAGGAGAUACGACCUGUCUGCCGCAAGUUUAUGCAAGACCCUAUGGAGAUAUUUGUGGAUGAUGAGACUAAACUGACUCUACAUGGACUUCAGCAGUACUAUGUGAAAUUGAAGGACAACGAAAAGAACCGCAAACUGUUUGACCUUCUUGAUGUAUUAGAGUUCAAUCAAGUUGUCAUCUUUGUGAAGUCUGUCCAAAGAUGUGUGGCUCUAGCACAGCUGCUGGUGGAACAAAAUUUCCCUGCAAUAGCUAUCCACAGAGGGAUGCCCCAGGAGGAGAGGCUGGCUCGCUACCAGCAGUUCAAGGAUUUUCAGCGUCGGAUCUUGGUGGCCACUAACCUUUUUGGUAGAGGGAUGGAUAUCGAGAGAGUUAAUAUUGCCUUUAAUUAUGACAUGCCUGAAGACUCUGAUACAUAUCUUCAUAGGGUCGCACGCGCUGGUCGAUUUGGCACUAAGGGCCUAGCUAUCACGUUUGUGUCAGAUGAAAAUGAUGCAAAGAUCCUCAAUGAUGUUCAGGACCGGUUUGAAGUUAACAUAAGUGAGCUGCCUGAUGAGAUUGAUAUUGCAUCUUACAUUGAACCAACAAGAUAAAUGACUGACACACUUUAGUUUUUCCUGAGGUGGGAGAAAAGAAGACUGAUGUUCUCAGUCAUCCCAGGGCUAGUCUCUCCAGAAGGAGCAAGACUGUGUACAUAAUCCAUUUGUUUUAUGUGGAAAGCUGUUAAAAUGUUCCGAACCUUUUUACAUUAGUACAUUUUUUUUAUUUGUUUUCUUUCUUUCUUUCUUUUUUUUUUUUUUUUUUUUAAACUCUUUUGAAGAUGUCUAUGUAUGUUUGUGCAUGACAGGCUGCAGAAAGCCUCUUUUACAGUAAUCAAGAAUAUACCAGUGUUUGCUAAUUUGUUCUGUGGUUGUUUGAAUAAACCCAGUUAGACUUGAAAAUGAAA